AUGAAGUCCAGUAGCGCCAUUGUGGCUUUGCUUGCCAUUGCUGCUGAAGCAGCGAGCCAUGGUCAUGACCAUGGCCAUCAUCACGUCCACCGCUCCGUCGAGGUGGAAGCCCCCGUGGCCAAGAGGGGAGGCAGCUGCCAGUUCCCCUCGGGGGAGGGCUUGAUUGCCGUCACGCCUAGCGAGCUGAACGGCGGCUGGGCCAUGAGUCCCAAUCAGGAGUGCAAGCCUGGCGGAUACUGUCCGUAUGCCUGCCCGGCGGGUCAGGUCUCCAUGCAGUGGGACCCGGAGGCGACGUCGUACACCUAUCCCCUGUCCAUGACUGACGGAGAGCAGAACGGCGGGCUUUACUGUGACGAGGACGGCAAAAUCCAGAAGCCUUUCCCGGAUAGACCGUACUGCCAGGACGGCACGGGGGUCGUCAGCGCAAAGAACAAGUGCAAGGAGCAGGUUGCCUUUUGCCAGACGGUUCUUCCGGGUAACGAAGCUAUGCUGAUUCCAACGCUGGUGGAGGAGCUGGUUACCCUGGCUGUGCCGGAUCUGAGCUACUGGUGUGAAACGGCCGCGCACUUCUAUAUCAAUCCACCCGGUUAUACUACCGAGACGGCCUGUGUUUGGGGCACCUCGGAGAAUCCGUACGGCAACUGGUCUCCGUAUGUUGCUGGCGCUAAUACCGAUGGCGAGGGUAACACGUUUGUGAAGAUCGGAUGGAACCCGAUCUAUUUGGAGCCGACCACGCCGUUCCGCGAUGUGGUUCCUGAUUUUGGUGUGGAAAUUGAGUGUGAGGGCGAUGGCUGCAAUGGCCUGCCGUGCAAGAUCGACCCGGCCGUCAACGGGGUGAAUGAGAUGACGGGCGCCAAUACCGACGGUGCCGGUGGCGCGUCGUUCUGUGUGGUGACGGUGCCCAAGGGCGGCAAUGCCAACAUUGUUGUUUUCCAGCAGCAGCAGCAGCAGCAGCAGCAGCAGCAGCAGUACCUCGACCAGCAGCAUCAUCCCCACGACUAG